AUGGCAUCACUUUUCGAUUCGAACCUUUUUGAAGCUCUCCAUCACCCAGACUACUGGAAUCGCAACCCAAAUUCAUGGGGAAGUUUGAGUGAUUGGGAUAUAUACUAUAUCAAUCAUACACCUGGUAGCACAAAAAUGAAAGCACAUCGGUCACUUGGAUUGGAACUUAAAGUUCUUCUAAAAAGGCUUUCAAAAACAAGCUAUGGUUAUUAUAAGACAAUUGAAUUACAAAAGCUCUUGAAGGAUUGUCAUAACGAUCCAGUGAAUAUAGAAUUGUGGCAAGAACACUCUACAAAAUUAGGAAGGCUAGCUGUUGAAAAUCGAAUGAACAAACGUGAGAUCUUAACUGUUGGAAUACGUGCUGCAACUAUUGCAGUGGCAACCGAGUUUCCCAAAGAAAAAACCAAGGAAGAAAAAAUACAAGAGAAAUUCUGGACAGUAGACGAUUUUGAUGAUAACAAGGAGAAUGAUUAUGAGCCAGAUGACGCUGAUGAAAAGAUUGUCACAACAUCAAACACAUCCUUAUGUAAUCCAACUGAUGAUGAUGAAUUCACUAUGCAAGACAUGGAAUUAUUUGAGACCAUGAAAAACGAGAAAAAAUGGAAGCUCAAGACUGGGAAAUACGUGGAAGACGUCUUGUAUGAUUUGGGAAAGAAAUCUAAAUUUCACAACCUCGUCCAUUCCUUUAUUGUUGACCCUGAGGAUAAAUUUCUGCAAUCGGGAUUUACCACUGAUGAACUUACAGAGAUCUGCGAAACAAUGACCGUGCAAGAAGCACCUCAAAUAGAAGGUGAACUAUUGGAAUAUAUUGAUACCUUUGCAAAGACCUCCACGAAAGACAUACGUGAAGCGCUAUAUGCUUCUCACCCCAGACUUUGUCGUGAUUAUAAUCCUCUCGUCGAUUUCGCUUAUGAACAUGUGAGGACAACAGUUACUGAUUGGGUCCGUUUGUUAGAAAUGCAGCCAAACCCGCUUACACAACAAGAUUUACCAGAAAGUUGGUUUCGGAUUAAUGUCUGGAGAACCGUCGACAUUGCUUUCUCAGAUACGCCUUUUGUAUUUUUCGUUGGAGGAGAAAAAGCAGGAUUGGCAAGCACAGAAAGGAAAAACCGUGGUAGAACUUUGAAUAAUAUACAUCAAAUGCAACGAAAGAAGAUUGGAAAGAAAGGCGAUGGUUACGUACGAACAUUUGGCUCGAGGCCAAUCGAAUGGGCGGCAUCUGAGGCUGGGUCUAAAUGGGAGGGUGAGCAAGGCACAAAACUCAUAAAGGAACGUGGUUUGAGUUUGCCAAAAACUUUGAAAGACAUCUUUAUAUCUCUUGCACGUAAGGUUAACUUUUCUGAAGAGAAGAUACGCAAGAUUAAUGUUCCAGGAUUUGUUCAUUCAGGUUUGCAUUGUAUAAAUUGUACUUUCUGA